GCUGGCAAUCUGGCCCCCCGGCAUGCUUCCCUGGAGGCCUGCACCCACUUGCUUCUCCAGCCCAGCCCCUGCCUAGACAGGGUCCCUGCUGCCUGUGAAUGAGCCACCGGACCUCCUCCGCCUUCAGAGCGGAGAGAAGCUUCCAUUCUUCCUCCUCUUCCUCUUCCUCUUCUUCUUCGGCCUCCCGAGCCCUCCCAGCCCAGGACCCACCCAUGGAGAAGGCUUUGAGCAUGUUUUCUGAGGAUUUUGGCAGUUUCAUGCGGCCCCACUCGGAGACCCUGACCUUCCCAGCCCGUCCUGGGGGCCAAGGCAACAUCAAGACCCUCGGGGAUGCCUAUGAGUUUACCGUGGACAUGAGAGACUUUUCCCCUGAAGAUAUUAUUGUCACCACCUCCAACAACCACAUCGAGGUGCGAGCGGAGAAGCUGGCUGCUGAUGGCACAGUCGUGAACACCUUCGCUCACAAGUGCCAACUACCAGAGGAUGUGGACCCUACAUCGGUGACCUCGGCCCUUCGAGAGGAUGGCAGCCUCACCAUCCGGGCACGGCGUCACCCACGCACGGAGCACGUCCAGCAGACCUUCCGGACGGAGAUAAAGAUCUGAGGGUCUCCCCACCCCUGUCCUCCCCCAUCUCCUCCUCAACCGGCCUGCUGCUGAGGUCAUCUUGACCCCUGACAACGGCCCCCAGAACAUCUCAGCCUAGGUUCCAGUCACCCCACACACUCUUAGGCCCCAGGUGGGUCACUCCCUUCCCCCCAAACUAGGGCCCUCCUCUCCACCUGGGGCAACCCCACGACCCUCACCCAGAUGGGACCUCCCUAUCUUAGUUCACGAAUAGAGGUGUUGAAGUAUGGA